AUGAAAGACUUUAAUUCCAACCCCAGCUCAAGCAGCAGUGUUCAUACUUCCUCCGCUGACCUUGAGGAAAAGAAAGAGGCCCAUCAUCCCGUCGCCAAGGGCGAGUACCAGCAAGAGGUCCUCAAGAUUGCUGAACGCACCUAUCCAAAGGAGCUUCCCGUUGCCGAGAACACGAUGCUAAUCCACCACAUCCGUGUCUCUGGUGCAUACGCCGAUGCCCGCGAUCAGUUCGUCGCCAUAUCUCAGCCGACUGCUCUUGGUUGGUCUGAAGUCCACUGCCUGUACAAGUACCUUCUGUCUUUCCAGCUCAGCCACCCUGAUACCAAGACAGGGGGUCACCUCACCAAGUACUGGGAUCUUCACUACUUCUUAAUGCCCCUGGGCCUGACGAAAGCAGCCAUUAUUACUAUUGGCUUCCAAGCAGACCACGGCUCGUUGCACGGAUAA